AUGAGUCCAAGUAAAAAUGAAAAUGGUGUCAAACCCAAUAAGAAAUUAUUAAAAUUAUUUGCUUUUGAAAUGGGUACUCCUCAAUUACAAUGUACAAAUUGGAGUGAUCCAAAAAAUAAUACAAGAAAUUAUAAUACUUUAGAUUAUUGGAUUAAUACUGCAAAAUUACUUGAAAAAGGAAAAUUUAAUGGAAUAUUUUUAGCUGAUGUUUUAGGUCCAUAUGAUGUUUAUAAUGGACCUAAAAAUUUUGAAGCUGCUGCAAAAUCAGGUGCUCAAUUUCCAACAAUUGAACCAUCAAUAUUAAUUGGUGCAAUGGCUACUGCUACUAAAGAUUUAGCAUUUGGUGUAACUUUUGCAACAUUAAGUGAACAACCAUAUCAUUUAGCAAGAAGAUUAGCAACAUUAGAUUGGUUAACUAAAGGUAGAAUAGGUUGGAAUAUUGUAAGUUCAUAUUUAGAUUCUGCUGCAAGAAAUUUAUUAAAUGGAGAAAAUUUACCUCCUCAUCAAGAAAGAUAUGAAAGAGCUGAAGAAUAUACUCAAGUAAUAUAUAAAUUAUUUUUAAGUUCCUGGGCUGAUGAUGCAGUUGAAUUGAAAAAUGGAAUAUAUUCAAAUCCUGAAAAAAUAAGAACUAUAGAUCAUAUUGGAAAAUGGUUUACUGUUCCUGGUCCAUUUGUUUCAGAACCAAAUCCUUAUCAAAGAAUUCCAGUAUUAAUUCAAGCAGGUACUUCUAGUGCUGGUAAAUCAUUUGCUGCUCAACAUGCAGAAGUUGUAUUUAUAACUCAAUUUCAACCAGAAAAAUUAGGUAAAGAAAUUAAAAAUAUUAAAAAAUUAGCAUGGGAAAAUUUUGGUAGACCAGAUGGAUCAAUAAAAUUUUUACAAUUAAUUACUCCUAUAAUUGGAAAAACUGAAAAAGAAGCUGAAGAAAAAUAUAUAGAAAUUCAAAAAUAUGGUGAUAUUGAAGGAGCUCAAGCUUUAUUUUCUGGUUGGACUGGAAUUGAUAUAAGUCAAUAUGGUUAUGAUGAUGAUAUAACAGCAGUUGGAACAAAUGCAGUUAAAUCAUUUUUAGAAUUAUGGAAUAAAAAAUCCCCCACUGAUUCAGAUCAAGUAAAAAAGACAAGAGCUCAUAUUGCAAAACAAAUUACAAUAGGAGGAUUAGGACCAGUAUUUUAUGGAACUGCUGAAACAGUUGCAAAUGAAAUUGAAAGAUGGGUUGAAAUAUCAGAUGUCGAUGGAUUUAAUAUUACUUAUGCUUUACAACCUCAAACAUUUGAAGAAGUUGUUGAAUUUUUAGUACCAGAAUUACAAAAAAGAGGAUUAGUAUGGGAAGAUUAUCCUGAUUUAGGUAGACCAUUAACUUUAAGAGAACAAAUAUUUGGUAUAGAUAGAAAAGAUUCAAGUUUUUUGGAAGAUACUCAUCCAGCUUAUAAAUUAAGAUGGAAAGCUGGUGAAACAAAAGAAGAAUUUGAAAAUAGAAUUAAUAAGAAAAGAGAAUUAAAUGAUGAUUGA